AUGUCCAGAGAAGCUGAAGGCAGUCCAAGUAUGACGGACGGAGUUAGGAAACGGAUAACAUACAUAACCAAUGAAGACAAUCGGUACAAGACCUUCGUCGCCAAUCGAGUGGCAGUAAUCAGAGAAGGCUCACAGCCGAACCAGUGGCACUAUGUAAAUUCCAAAAGCAACCCAGCAGAUGACGUUUCAAGGGGACAAACAGCAGACCAACUUCUCCAUAACAAGAGAUGGAAAGAAGGACCAAGUUUCCUACGGAAAAAUGAAGAGCAGUGGCCAAGUUUACCAGGUGACAUAUUACAUGCAGACAACAACAUGGCUCUGGAAGUGAAAGUCACCUCACAUGUGACUCAGGCUCAGAGAUCAGAAGACACGGCUGUUGACAAGAUAUUUCAUAGGCAGUCUUCGUGGUAUAGACUAAAAAGAGAUGUAGCUUGGUGGUUACGUUUCAAAAACUGGCUAAAAGCUAAAGUACAGGUCAAUGCAAGUUGUGACAGUGGAUCACUUACUGUUGAUGAGUUACAAAGAGCCAGUAUUGAAAUCAUCAAAUAUGUACAGAGACAAGCAUUCAGCAAAGAAAUAGCAGCACUCAAGAAAUCAGACCCUACCAAUGCCAAAUUGAGACAUAAAAAUCUGCAUCGUCUCGACCCUCAGCUGUCAGAAGGCGGUGUACUUGUAGUAGGAGGAAGAUUGACUCAAGCUCCAAUACCACAUGACGCCAGACAUCAAAUGAUAUUACCAAGACAUCACAUAGCUGAUUUGCUGAUCCGACAGUUCCACAUUGAUUCAGGUCACUCAGGUAGAGAAUAUGCUUUAUCAAUGACAAGGGAACAAUUUUGGAUAUUAGGAGCAAGAACAGCUAUUCGCAGAGUAAUUAAUGAUUGCUUCACAUGUAGAAAAAGACAAUCUCCCUGUAGCACACAGAAGAUGGCCGAUUUGCCUGCCAGCAGAGUCACACCUGGAAACCCGCCAUUCACAUACACGGGAGUCGACUACUUUGGACCAUUCCACGUUAAACAAGGCAGAAAACUUGUGAAGCGAUAUGGGUGCAUUUUCACUUGUUUAACCAUCAGGGCUAUUCACAUUGAGAUAGCACAUUCACUGGAUACCAGUUCAUUCAUAAAUGCAUUACAGAGGUUCAUCAGCCGACGGGGCAUGCCCAAGGAAAUCAAUUCAGAUAAUGGCACAAACUUCACAGGUGCAGAUAAGGAGCUGAAAGAAGCAGUACAGGGAUGGAACCAAACAAAACUAGGUGAAUUUUUCAGACAGAGAGAGAUUAAGUGGAACUUUAACCCACCAGCAGCCUCACACAUGGGUGGAUCAUGGGAAAGACAGAUCAGGACAAUUCGUAAAAUAUUAAGUGGAGUCAUGAGAGAGCAGACCUUAGAUGACGAAGGACUCUCUACACUUAUGUGCACAGUGGAAAGCAUAGUGAACAGUCGACCACUAACAUAUGUCUCAGAUGAUCCCAGAGAUCCAGAACCGCUAUCACCCAAUCAUUUGUUCCUUUUGCGUUCAGGCCCAACACUUCCACCUGGUAGAUUUCAGAAGGAAGAUAUGUACAGUCGUAAAAGAUGGCGUCACAUACAGUACCUUGCUGAUUUGUUUUGGAAACGUUGGUUUAUGUUAAAGUCAGAGACUGUUAUAACAAUGGAUUUCAUUCAUGGAAAGGAUAUUCAUGGAGGACAUUCAAGACAUGGAAAAUGA